UUUCCUGCUGCCAGUCUCAAGUGGACACUCGCGGCUUGGCUGUGUCGCACUUUCACCCCGUGUAAAGGUGUCAAAUUGAGGUGAAGGCUGGAGUUGGUCUAUGGAUCAGAGUGAGGACAGAGAGGAGGACGUCCCCUCCUCUAAAAAGAAGAGGAUUGAUGAGAGUCCAUUUGCUACCAGUUGUUUGUCCAUGAAAACCAACAAGUCCAAGGAUGUUCCUCUCAUGUUCGGACAAGCUGCUGAUGAAAGGAUUGACUGGAGGCCAGCUGAACCCAGCUGUGUUGGGAGUCAUGAAUCCAAGGAUGUUCCUCUCCAUUUUGGGCUGUCUGCAGAUGAAAGGAUUACUCUGACAGCAGAUUAUUUAUCCAUGAAAAGUGACUGGUCCAAGGAUGUUCCUCUCCAAUUAGGACAAUCUGCAGAUGAAAGACCCCUGCAGCAGAGACCAGACUCUCCUGUGCCCACCUGUCUCUCCCUUAAGUCAAAGGAACCGUUUCCUUUGUUUAAAGGAGAACCCCCGUCUGCUGAUCAGAUUGAUGACCAGCAGAGUCCCAGUUCUCAGUCUGCUCAAACAGAUCUGGACUCCAUAUUCACGCUGCUGGAAAAACACGUUAUUACCUUUGUGAAGGAUGAGCUGAAGGAGAUGCAGAAGGUUCUGGAAGAAUCAGAUUUCACCAAGAGGCAGAGAGGAGACGACGAAGCACUGACGAACAGCAAAGAAGCUGUUCUGAAGAUUGCUCAGAACUUUCUGAGGAGGAUGAAGCAGGAGGAGCUGGCUGACUAUCUGCAGAUCAGAUAUCCUCUUCAGGUUUGUGCGCUGCAUAAGCACAAAUCUAGCCUGAAGGAUAGGUUCCAGCACAUUUUCGAGGGGAUUGGUAAUAUAGGGAACCGGACCUUCCUGAACCAGAUCUACACAGAGCUCUACAUCACAGAGGGAGGGACAGGUGGGCUCAACGAUCAGCACGAGGUCAGAGUGAUUGAAACGGUAUCCAGGAAACAAUCCAAAACAGAAACAACAAUAAGACAGGAGGACAUUUUUAAAGCUUCCUGUGAAAGAGACGGACCAAUCAGAAAAGUGAUGACGAAGGGUGUGGCUGGCAUCGGGAAAACUGUCUUAACGCAGAAAUUCGCUCUGGACUGGGCCGAAGACAAAGCCAACCAGAGCAUCCAGCUCAUGUUCCCUUUCACUUUCAGAGAGCUGAAUGUCCUGAAGAACAGACGGUACAGCUUGGUGGAACUUGUUCAUCAUUUCUUCCCUGAGACUAAAAGAGCAAGAAUCAGGAGGUUUGAAGAGUACCAGGUCGUCUUCAUCUUUGACGGUCUGGAUGAGUGUCGGCUUCUUCUGGACUUCCACAAUAAUGAGACUCUGACUGAUGUUACAGAGCCAUCAUCUGUCGACGUGCUGCUGACGAACCUCAUCAAGGGGAACCUGCUUCCUGAUGCUCGCCUCUGGAUAACCACACGACCUGCAGCAGCCAGUCAGAUCCCUCCUGAGUAUGUAGACCGGGUGACUGAGGUCCGAGGGUUCUCUGACGCGCAGAAGGAGGAGUACUUCAAGAAGAGAUUCAGCAAUAAGAAUCAAGCCAGCAGAAUCAUCUCCCAGAUCAAGAUGUCUCCAGUCCUCCACAUCAUGUGCCACAUCCCAGUCUUCUGCUGGAUCACAGCCACAGUUUCUGAGGACGUGUUCACAACCAGAGAGGAGGGUGAUCUGCCCAAGACCCUGACUGAGCUGUACAUCCACUUACUAGUGGUUCAGACCAAACAGAAGGGCAUCAAGUAUGAUGGAGGAGGUGGCACAGACUCACACUGGAAUAAAGUAAGCAGAGAGAUGAUGGUGUCUCUGGGAAAACUGGCCUUUGAGCAUCUGCAGAAAGGAAACCUGGUUUUCUAUGAAUCUGACCUGAUAGAGUGUGGCAUCGAUGUCAAAGCAGCCCCGCUGACUUCAGGAGUGUUCACACAGAUCUUUAAAGAGGAAAAAGGACUGUACCAAGACCGGGUGUUCUGCUUCAUCCAUCUGAGUGUUCAGGAGUUCCUGGCUGCUCUUCAUGUCCACAUGAUGUUCUUUAACUCUGGAGUUAAUCUGCUAUCUAAAGAGGAAAUCACAUCCAAUCACUCUCAGAUGAAAAACCACAAAGCUGCAGCAGCACACUUCUACCAGAGUGCUGUGGACCAGGCUUUACAGAGUCCAAAUGGACACCUGGACUUGUUCCUCCGCUUCCUCCUUGGUCUCUCUCUUCAGGAAAACCAGACUCUCCUCAAAGGCCUGCUGACACUGACAGAAGGUAGAAGAGAGGAAACGGUCCAGUACAUCAAGAAGAUGGUCAGUGAAGAUAUCUCCUCAGAGAAAAGCAUCAACAUGUUCCACUGUCUGAAUGAACUGAAUGAUCGUUCUCUAGUGGAGGAGAUCCAGCAGGCUCUGAGAUCCGGACGGCUGUCAGCAGAUGAACUGUCUCCUGCUCAGUGGUCAGCUCUGGUCUUCAUCCUGCUGUCAUCAGGAAAAGACUUGGACGUGUUUGACCUGAAGAACUACUCGACUUCAGACGAGGCUCUUCUCAGGCUGCUGCCAGUGGUGAAAUUCUCAAACAAAGCUCUGUUGAGUGGCUGUAACCUCUCAGAGAAAAGCUGUGAAGCUCUGUCUUCAGUCCUGAGCUGUCCAUCCUCCAGUCUCAGAGACCUGGACCUGAGUAACAACAAUCUUCACGAUUCAGGAGUAAAGCUACUGGCUGAAGGACUCGCGAGUCCAAAUUGUGCACUGGAGAUUAUCAGGCUGUCCGGCUGCCUGAUCACAGAACAAGGCUGUGCUUCUCUGGCCUCAGCACUGACCUCCAACCCUUCUCAUCUGAGAGAGCUGGACCUGAGCUACAAUCAUCCAGGAGAAACCAUAGAGAAGAUGCUGUCUGCUGGAGUAGAUAAUCCAGAGUGGUCGCUCAGGUCAGACCCUUGUGGAGCCCAGUGGUUGAGACCAGACCUGAAGAAGUAUUCCUCUCGCCUCAUUUUUGACACAAACACAGUGAACGGAAACAUCCAACUAUCCAAUGGGAACAGAACGGGGACAUACCUGGAGCAGGAUCAGUCCUAUCCUGAACAUCCAGACAGGUUUGACAAGUGUCCUCAGUUGCUGUGUGAAUCUGAGCUGACUGGUCGCUGUUACUGGGAGGUGGAGUGGACCGGACUGGUGUACGUCUCCGUGAGCUACAGAGGAAUCAGCAGGAGGGGAGACAGAUUCGACAGCAGGUUUGGCAGGAAUGAUCAGUCCUGGAGUCUGGAGUGCUCUGAAGAUGGCUACUGCUUCUGGCACAACAACAAAGCCGAGUACAUCACAGUCACCUCCUCCUCCUCCUCCUCUUCCUCCUCCAAUAGAGUAGCAGUGUACUUGGACUAUCCUGCUGGUACUCUGUCCUUCUACAAAACCUCAGACGACAAAAUGAUCAACCUCCACACCUCUGAAACCACAUUCACUGAGCCGGUUUAUCCAGGGCUUGGGUUGGGUUUCUGGCCUAACAGAUAUGGAUCUUCAGCAUCUCUGUGCUCUCUGUAGGAGGAGUGAUCUCCAACAGUAAAACACUUUCCUGAAAGGUUUUACUGUAUAAAAUCAAGUUCCUGGUCUCAGUUUGAUUGGAGGAUAAGGGAAUGGACUGUCUAUGAGACUAUGACUGUAGUAGGAGCUGAGUCCUUCUGAGGAGGGAGAAUAAGGAAAUAAAGACUCAUUUAAAUGUAAAGGGAAGAACACAGGAGGAAAGGACUGCACAAUAAUUUGCAUUUUUAUUUUCUAGUGAUAGGAGCUUUUGCAAUAAGCACAUUUCUUUAGUCAGAAUUUAUCACACUACAUUAGAAAAAAAAAGUUCGGUAAAAAAGCAAUUCUUUCUCACUCAGCAUGUGCGCACUUUACACUAUUUUCACACAGUUAGGUCAAAUUCCAGCUGCUUAUCAGCUACCCUCUGAGUCACUGAUGCUUCAGUGGUUAAAUAAAAAGCCUGAUUUAUUCCGAACUCAUGAGAGACAUGUCGCAGACAUGUGGUAGAGUGCCUCACAUGUUUUUCCCUCAUGGUGCAGGCCUAAAAAUACAUAUGAAAAGGGUGAAUAAUUACCAGCGUUUCAACUGUGAUGCAUCUAGCCUAGAAGUUUAAGACAUGCCAUCAAGGAUUUGACAUGCUCACUUAUUCCUUCAAAUAUUCGCCAUCAGCCACAAUAUCAUACAGCAGGGGUGCCCAAAUUUUUACAGACAGGGCGGCAUACAGAAAAAUAUAAGUGUGACUGAGCCAGCUUGAUAUAUAUCUUACCUUUAGUAUGUAUAAGUUAACAAAACCAACUCAGCAGGGGUUAAGAUAUGCUUAGAAAGUCAAUAUAAUCAAAGGAAAAACAGGCCAUAAUCAUUUUAACAUUUAUGGCUGACAGGCAUAUGCCAAUAAUUGUUAGGGAUUAUGAGGUGGCCAUCAGAUCUCAGGGGGACCCUGUGUAGCCCUGCUAGCUCUGGAUCCGCCCCUGGUACGGAUGUGAACAACACUGAGCAGCAGAGAGGGGAGACACUGAUGGCUCACAUUCAGACACAAAACAAAGGCAAACUGCACCUGUGGCAACAGGUCUGAUUGAAACACCUGAAUUCAACAACCAACAGGUGAGGCCAAAUACUUCACCCUGCAUAUAAUGUAAAUUUAUGACAUCCCUGGUUUGUCCAGUUAAGAGACAGUCCAAACAGACACUAAUAUACACCUAGAAUUUUAUUUAGUUUUUCCUUAUCAGCUGGUAGAGCCCUCUGUUCACCCUGAAUUUUGGCUAGUGCUGCUACUCCUGAAGUCGUUUUUCUUUGUUUUGUUUUUUGUUUUGUUUUGUUUUGUUUUUUUUUAACUUCAGAUGAUUUAAAUAGGAAAAUGCACCUCUAAGACCACAAACACCAAAAAAGUGUGUGGUCACUGUUAAGAUUGUUGUUGGUAAAAGCUGGCACCUCAUAGGUCACCUGCCUCCAGAUCAGCCAAUAGGACAGUUCAGUCGCAGUUGCCAGAUUCAUCCUGUAGAGGGCAGCUGCUUUGUACAUUUCUAACAAAUUGAGUAGAUGUUUUACUAAAUUGAUCAACAUCACCUCUCAGUACUCAUAAACAGAGGUUUUUGACUGAAAUUCAUGUCCUGGGAGUUUAGCUCUUUAAAGUCAAGAAUAAUCAGUUAUGAUUAUAAGUGUCACAUAAUAAUUCUCAUAUUUGAGCCCUAAAACUGCAUUUAUUUGUACAACUUUUACAUUUUACAUACAACUUUUUCAUUUGCAGCAUUUGCUGCAGAAGGAAAAAGUGUUAAAAAGGAAUGACAUUAAAUGGAUUUAACAUGACAGCUUGUUUUGGAUUUUUUUAAAAAGAAAAAAAAAGAGGGAAAGUAUUUUUAUGACAGUACGGUUUUUAUCUGAUAAAUGUUUGAGUCUUUGUCUUGAAUUAUUGAAUUUGUGAUUCUAAAGACACAUUAAAACAACUGAGGGAAAAGGUUAAGAUUUCAAACAAAAGUCUUCAGGUACUAAUAGCUUAAAGAAGCUGCAUUAGCAUGAGACACUGUAGUUAUUAAAGGUCACAUAUUUUACCCCUUUAAGACAAGUUCAUAUUGGUCUCAGAGGUCCCCAAAACAUGCCUGUGAAGGUUAUUGUUAAAAAAAAACUCUCCAGUAUUUUUGCACGUCUAAAAACCCCUCUGUUUCAGCCCUGCUCAGGACGAGCUUUUUUUUUGUUUGUGGAUUUAAAUGUUAACGAGCUGCCUGACUCCGCCCCUGACCACGCCCCCUGUCAUUUAAUGUCUGUCCUGAUCCUCCAAGGAUCAGAGGAAGAGGGCAGAACUUUCUUCCAAUCAGGGAGAACUUGGGGGCGGGCUAACUCCCCACAUGACAUCAUGAGGGGAAAAUCUGAGAACGCCCCACUCCAACACAUAUUUAUAUGUGACCUUUAAAUGCAGUUAUUACCCAGGUAGGGUGGAGAGGCCAUUUCUAAAACAUAUCAUGGUCCAUUAUUGUAUAAAAAUGUAUAUUUGAUGUUUUUUGUGAUAACUAUAUCUCAGUUAUAUCUAUUGUUCUUGUUUAUUCAGCUGUACCUCGAUUCACAUUUUUCUUAUUGUCUAUUUAUUAGUUCUUGUAAACUUUUUGAUGUUUCACACCUCGUCUACACGGUAUAUUUAUUCAUAACCUUAACCUCUUGACUUUUCGUCAGCCAUGCCCUAAGGGAAACCCUGUACAGUCAAAACUCAACAUGAGUGCUACUUGUUUCAUAUUUUUUAGAUGUUCUUUAUUGUAUUGAAGCCUAUUUAGUAAAUUCUUGUCUUCCUUUUACAGAUUUUAGAGAUGUAGACUCUGAGUUGGUCUAAACUAAUUAUUAGCAUUAGCAGCACCAGCUGGUUGACUGAUCACACCUGGCCAGCUAUCUGCCUUUGUCUUUGGCCCUGUCCCAAUCACCAGCCCUGAGGCCAAGGUACUGAGCAGAGACAGACUUUAACAGCAUCAGCUCUACAGAGUGUGAGUGAAAACAAAUAAACUGUAAAUGAU